AUGGGAUUGAUCACAGUGACUGAACGAGAAAAACUGAUAAAAGCUGAGCGGGAACGUCGACGCAAAAUUCGGCUUCAACAGGUCCGCAGUCAAGCAAGGUCGGCCGCCAGUGAAGUACUCGCGCAAGUGAAAGGGGUCAAGAAUAGGACAAAGCGCGAAAUUCGGACAGAGCUGGAGAAGGAGAUCCUCGAGCGAACACCGCGAUUGCUUGAAAAACGACGCCGGUCGCGUUCGAAUCCGCCAGCAAUGAUGCCUGGAAAGGAGAACACGCCGAGGGCCCGAAAAACUAGGAAGCGUAGCCUUUCGGAACGGGACUGCCAGAUAGCCACCGCGCGAGCCAAUCAUGCGAUGUCCAGCAAACGGGCCAAGGAAAGUGCGAAGCGCGGGUCGCACGAACAGAAGAUGUCCCAUCGGAGGCGCGCGCUCCAAGCCGCCAAUGCCCUGAGUCGCCCACCUGAACAAGCCGAU